GAGGAACAGUCUUUCGAAAUCGUGGAGAAUGAGGAGGAAGAGGUUGAAGCUUCUGACCCCGAGGAAGAAUCUGGUAGCGAGUAUGAAGAGGAGGAGUUAGACGAUCAGCUCUUCGGGUACUCUGAGCUUGAAGAGAAUGAUGAUGAAGUAACCCCUGUGGAGUUCGCUUCUGCUGAUCACACGCCACACCCUUCUGACUUCCCUGAAAAUAUCAGUUCGACUCUUA